AAUGAAAUGAUCGGACUUACAACCCAUAAAAAGAGAAUUAAUGUAAAAUAUAUUGGUGCCUUUGUCUCAGCCCAAAAGACACAUCGAAUCCUUUUAAUUCGAUUCAAUGGAUUCGGAUGCUCAUACUACGCCCUCGCAGAAGGCGGCUGAAGUCGACUCCGAAUCCUCGGAGAAUGCUGGAAAUGAAGAUCAUGCCCCAAAACAGGUGCACCAGUUCUACUUCGUGAAGCUGCACGCCUAUGAGAACCCGAACUUGAUCAAAGUGGAAAAUCUCAUCCGGAAAUUGGAGCAAGACCUCAUCCUGACCGACCAAAAGAGGGACAAAAAACUUGCUUAUCGGCAUGAAUUGCACCUGAACUCGCUCCAUCGUAUGCAUAAGAAUUACGAUGAUGAUUGGGAGUGGAAGAUGAACAGGUUGAAAUUACUGCAACUAUCUCUUGACAAGCUCUGUUUCUCUAAUAAUUGGAGCCGCGGAAGAGCCAUCAAACCAAGCUCAACCGUGAAAGAGAUCAAUCACCAUAGAUUGCAUUUCGGGUUGCUUCAUGCGAGCAAGAGCAUGGCAAAGGAAAGACAGGUCCUGGGCAAGAUCAAGGAAGUAAAAAAUAUAUCAAAACAUUCAUGCAUAUCUACCGAAGACUAUGAUGAUAAAAUACAUAAUUUAAAGCUGGAGAUCUAUCAGAAAUUUUACAUGAAGGCGGAUGAGAAAAGGCAGAUCCGCCAAGAGAUCGAACAGAUUGAGUGGGAAAGAGAGGAAGCAAUUGCAACUGCCGCUGUGGAUGGGAAGAUGUGGAACUCCUUGGAUUCGAAGGAAAACAUAAAACAGCAGAUCAAAUCUUUAGGAGAUGACAUGGAAAAAUCGAGAGCAGAACAUAUGAAGCAUAAAAGUAAAGUUAUCUUUCUACAGAAGGAACUCGAGUCAGUGGAAGAUGACUUAACUUCUUUCGAGAAGCAACUGAAUCGCAUAGAAGGACUAAAUUAUGAAGCCAGGCAAUGCAUUUUACAGUGGAGGAUGGAGCAAGACGAAAAGAAUGCCAGGUAUCAUCAGUGCAUUGAGCUAAUGAGGAACACCCAAGAGCUUGCCGAAAAGAAAGAACUCAUAGCCCUACAGAAAUUGUCCCAUGAACAGGUGGAAAAAUUCAUGUUGCAAUGGAGCAAUGACCAAGCCUUCAGGGAUGAUUACCGAAUGAAGAGCAUAGGCUCAUUGAACAAGAGGUGCUUGAACAUAGAUGGCCAGAGAAGGAACCGAGACGAGAAGCCGAUUUCUGGGAAGGAGCCAACAGUUAAAAUAUCCAAGGGCCUGAAGAGAUCAUUACAAAAUGUUGGAGAAAAAUUGGUGAUGUGAGAGGAUACAAUGUCCCACAUCGGUUGAAAAAAAAAUAUGGGAAAAGUUUAUAAAAGACAAUAGCCCAGUAACCCAUUGGCUUAAGCUUUUGGGUUGCAUAUGGGCUUGAGUCCAAAUUAGGCCCAUUUUUAUUUAAAAAUUUAUCCAACUGGUAUCAGAGCCCAUGGUUAUAGUCCUGGGUGUGUAGGGCGGCUUCGUGCCGUGAGGUGCUCAUAACCCGCAUGUAUGAGCGGGUCCGUGUGACCUGUAGGCUCGAGUGUAAGCGUAACGUGCGCCUCGAGCAGGCACCCGUUGUAUCCGAUGUCGGGACAUCGAAGUGAGGGCGGGUGUGAUUAAGUCUCGGGACAUCGAAGUGAGGGCGGGUGUGAUUAAGUCGUGCGGUCUCGUCAAUUGAUUAAGGUCACGUGACUCGUGUAAGACGACACGAUACCAGAGGGCGGGAUGUUUGAGAAAAAUUGGUGAUGUGAGAGGACACAAUGUCCCACAUCGGUUGAAAAGAAAAUAUGGGAAAAGUUUAUAAAAGACAAAGGCACAGUAAUCCAUUGGCUUAAGCUUUUCCGGAGAACCGAUGUAAUUUGAGAAAUACCAUAAGUUGUAACCCCGUAGAGUGUGAAUCCUACAACAAGAAGGAAUUCGCAUAUUCAAUGAACACAAGUCAUUUUCUAUUGCCAA